AUGGCGCUGCUCCACAGCCUCGAAAUCUGCGGCAUCCGCAGCUUCGACCCCGAAGACAAGCAGGCCAUCCACUUCGGCAGCCCCGUCACCCUUUUGCUGGGGCAGAACGGCUGCGGCAAAACGACCGUCAUCGAGUGCAUCCGCUUCGCCCUCACCAACGAGCUACCCGGGGGCUCCAGCCAGGGCCAGGGCUUCCUCAACGACCCCAAGCUGUCUGGUAAGGGGGCCACGAAGGCGUCGAUCAAGAUCAAGUUCCUGGACAACCACGGGGACAUGAUAACGGUGUGCAGACUGCUGACUGUCACCAUCAAAGCUAACGGAGGUCUGCAGUUCAAGAAUCUCAACCCCUCGAUUCGGCGAAGGGACAAAAACGACCCCCAGAACGUGCAGGACAUAUCGGGCCGUUGCCUCGAUGUCAACGCCUACUGUUCCACCGCUCUGAACGUCUCGAAUUCGAUCAUAAACAACGUGCUCUUCUGCCAUCAAGACAACUCGUUGUGGCCACUGGACGAGCCCAAAAAGGUCAAGGAGAAAUUCGACGAGAUUUUCGAUGCCGUGAAAUACAAUAAGUGCGUGGACAAUAUUAGGAAGAUCGUCAAGGACAAACAGGCUCACCUCAAGGUGCUCCAGGAGAGGCUGGAUCACAAGAAAUCCAUCAAGGAUAUUGUAGACAGGGAGAGGGCUAGGCAUGAAGAAAAAAAAGAAAAUUUGGGUAAGGUCGUCGAAAGAAUUGAUGAAAAAAAGACAGUCCUGAAGCCAAUUGAGGAUCGUUUAAAGGAAAUAUUGGAUUUGGAAGAUUCCCUCGGUGCCCUACAGAGGGAACUAACUGGAAAAGAGGCUGAAAAGAAAGGUCUUGUGGAUCAACAAACGACAAUAAAAAAGAAUAUCUCCUACAUUUUCGAAGGAUCCGAUGAAGAUUUAACACUAAAAAUUAAUUCUUUCCAAUCAGAGGAAGCUAGUGAAACUAAGUCAAUAAAGAAUUUGGAAAUAAAAAGGAAAGAAGUAGAUAAUGACACAACUAAAAUCAAUAAUAACAUUCAAAGAAAACAAGUUCUAAUUGGACAGCUGAAAGAAGAGCAGAAACAAUUCAAUAAUAAAAUAGAAGAUAGCAAAAAUGCGAUUGAAAAACUUAGGGUAAAUCUAGAAGUGGAUGAUUUACAAGAGUUGAGUAGAGAAGAUGGAGUGAAUGAGUUGAAGAAGGCCCUUAAAACAAAAGAGGAAAAUUUCGUUACUUUGAUGAAACAAAGAGACAACGAGGAAAAAAGUUUGCAAACUCAAAUAGAUGAAGUAAGAGAGAAAUGUGCAAGUACCAAGCAAAUAAUUUCAUCCAAAAACACCCAAAAGUUGGAAUGCCAGAAAAAACUGAGGACCAUUACAAGCAAACUAGAAGAAUUGGAUAGCUCUGAUUCUCAGCUAAAAAUAGUAGAAAACAAAAUCGAAAAUCUACAAAAAACUUUGUCAAAACUGAAGGGCUCAUUGAAUGAAGAAGAAAAACUUCAUGAAAUAGAUGAAUUGAAGGAAGACAUCGAAAAAAAGGAGCAGUUUAUAGAAAAACUUGAUAGAGAAUACAGGCUACUUCAACAAAACUUUGUUACAGAACAAAGACUAGAGACAGAAAACUCGUCCAUUGUGGAAAAACAGAGCGAAAUAAACAAAAUCAAAUCUAGACACUCCAACAAUUUCCAGAAAUUGUAUGGCGACACAUUGCCAGAAAGAAACUUCCGAAAAUCGGUGCUAGAAAUCCAACAAAGGCAAGACACCAAAUACAAGGCAGCCACCUCAAAAAUCAACAAACUGGAGAAGGAUAUCCACUCCAAAGAAGCCACGUUGACCCAUCAGGAGAAAAGUCUAGACAAAGAACAGAAAAACCUCGCCCUUAACAAGCGAAAAUUCUCCGAACUAUGCAAGGGCAGACCCUUCAAAGAAGUCCUCGACGAGUCCUAUACAAGAAAGGAGAAACUCCAAAAGGACAAGGGCCAAUACAGCUCGGCCAAAAUAAUGUACGAGGCUUUCAUCACUAAAUUCGAACAGGAAUCUCCCUGUUGUCCCGUCUGCCAAACCGAUUUCGCCAACAAAAAAUCCAACGUUAACCAGAUCGUUUCGCAGCUCAAAGGUAAAAUCAACAGGAUCCCAUCGCAACUCAUCCAAAUAUCAAGCGACUUGAAGAAAGAAGAAGAGUUCUAUAAUAAGUUGCAGCAAUUGAAACCCGUGAAUGAUGAAAUAGAGCUGCUCACGACCAAAAAAAUCCCUGAAUUGCAAGAGCAGAUCAGCAAAUUGAAAGAGGAAAUUGAAGAUAGAUCGAUGGAACUAGCUGCUGAGACAGUCAACCUAGAAUCUCCGCAAGAACUUGUUGAUAUCUGUCAGAAAGUAAUAGCUGACGUCACGUUAUUGGACCAGUACACUUUAGACAUAAACAAGGCAAACAGCAUCAUAGCUGACUUGCAGGAAGCUAUCGUGAAGGUGGCCUCCAAUCGGUCCAGACAGGAAACUGAGGCUGAAAUCGACAUCAACAAAGCGGAGCUUAGUAAUGCAAAAACUAGGUAUGAUUCCUUGAAGAAAAUUGUUGACCAACAUAGAGACCGUUGCCAAAACCUGAACAAAAACAUCCAAACUGAGAUCCAAAAACAAAUUGACAUACAGAGACUCGUUCAGGAGAAGCCACUGCUGGAAAUACAGAACACUGAGGAAACAGAAAAAAUGGCCGUCCUUUCAGUGGAAGUGGAAGAACUAAAAGAGAAUUUGAAGACCCAAGAAAAGCAGUUGAGGGAUGCCAACGAAGAACGCCAGACAGUAGUUCAAACGAACCGUAGGUCAAAUGAGGAACACAGGAAAGAAAUUGCCGCAAGCAAAAACGCCAUGAGUGAAAUCGAAAGGUUAUUGACUAGUAUUCAGAGAUAUGAAACGAACGACAACGAAGGAAAGCUUGAUAAAGUUGUCGAAGAACUAGCAGAACUGAAGAUGGAAGCAGCUAAGCUGGAGGAAGCUAAGAAUAAGAUACUAGAAGAUAUAUCUAAUAAGAAAGAAGCUCUGGCUAAAAAAGAAAGCGAUUUCAGAGCUCUUAAAGAUAACGUGACUCUGCGAGAAAAACAUAAGCUCGAGGAAAAACUCAACCAGGAAAUAGCGAAUCUGAAGAAGAACAUCGGAGGUUACAACUACCGACAAGUCUACGAUGAGAAACAGAGGAUAUCGUCGGAAAUAGACAAACUGAAGCGGGAAAUCAGUUCCCUAACUGGUCAAAAAGAGGAGAUAGAAAAUCAAGUGAAAGAACUCGAACGCACCCUUAACAAUCCCCAAAACAAAAACGCAUUCAAUAAUUACAAAAAACAAUACUACGAGCUGAUGGUGAACAAGAAGGCUGUUGAAGAUUUGAAUACCUAUGCCAUCGUUUUGGAACGGUCUGUGCUGAAGUUCCAUGAAGAAAGGAUGGUCCAGAUCAACCGUACGAUCCGGGAACUGUGGAGGGGCAUUUAUAGAGGCAACGACAUUGAUUAUAUCGAGAUCAAAACUGAUGAAAACAUGACUGGGGGUGCAGGCAAACGUAGGAACUACAACUACAAAGUAGUCCAAGUGAAGAACAACGUGGAACUGGAGAUGCGCGGCAGAUGCAGCGCCGGCCAAAAGGUCCUUGCCUGCCUCGUGAUCAGGAUGGCCUUGGCCGACACUUUCAGCACCCACUGCGGCAUCCUGGCCUUGGACGAACCCACCACCAACUUGGACAGAGAAAACAUCAUAAGUUUGAGCGAUGCUCUCUCGAGGAUUAUCACUGACAGGGAGCGUGAAAGCAACUUCCAGCUGUUGAUCAUCACUCACGAUGAGGAGUUCUUGCAGAGUUUGACGCGCAACCAGAGUUUGGACAAUUAUUGGAAAGUUAGCAGGAACCAAAACGGGUUUUCUAAAGUCGAGAAUCUGUUAUUGUAA